GAGACAGAGAUCCGCGGGGCGAUCUCACGCCGGCGCGUCCGCGCGCGCGAGGAACGCCGUGUCCGUGAUUUUAUUUACAAAUCGUCCUCGGGGGGGAAACCGAGGCCGAGGAUGCGCGGCGACGCGCGAGGCACCACGCGGGCGUCCGCUCCGUGAAGCGCGCACGAAAGAUAAUCGACGAUCGAGGUGUCUCUGUCACUUCCUGGUGGGAGACUCCGACACGUCCGGUCCGGGGAGAUAGUCCUCGCGACGCGUUUCCUGACGAGUCUCUUCAUCCAUAUCCGAGCAAUAAACGCAGGCCAGCAUCGAGGAAUACUCCAACUCCGUUUGCGGACCCGUAUCGAUAUGGGGAUAGUCAACAAAAUAUUUUUAUAAGAUCGUAAGCCUACGUGAAGACUCGCCGAACCAGUGAACUACGAUGUUUCAUAUACAGUAGUCUAAGGUGUUAGAAUUAAUUGUCUCUCCAGAGAUCUCGUUCCAGCGUUUACGAGAGAGAGAGUACUUCUCGUGCCAGGAAACGAGAGAUCGCAUGCUGUCUCGAGUGCCACUUACGCGAGAAAAGUUUUAGAACAAUUAUCGGUUCAGUGCCAUGUACAGAAACGUCCCCCAUUAGCCGAGAUUGACCGGUGGGAUCUUUGGAUGUUUUUGGUGAUCUGUACCGCUUAGGAAAUAUGGAUGACCGAAGAGUAGCGGAUUAUUUUGUUAUCGCCGGUCUACCUGGUCAGGAUGACGAGCUCAGCGAGGACGACAACGAGACCAACGACAAGCUGGAGGCCUGGUGUCAGGAGGGCACUCACCUCAAGGACAUGCAUAUGCCACCUCCCAUCACGGAUCUUGCCGUAAUAUUCCCCGCGCUGGGGGAGCACUGUCCGGAGGGAUAUACGCUGUUGGAAUACACCGUAUCCGGUUUCCCGGCGGACUUGAACCAUGGGAGUUUACGAACAAACGAGUGUUACUUGUGCUACAGAAGAGGGCGGGAUAAACCUCCCUUGGUUGACAUUGGUGUAAUAUACGAUGGAAAGGAACGUAUAAUGCAGGAUGCUGAAAUGGUAUUGGAGACCCCGAAGGGCCACGUGGCAAAUGUGAAUAAUUCUACGUCAAAAAUUUUCGUAACGUACAGACGAGCGAGUCGGAAGAUGCCUUGCAAUUCCCUUGUGGUCACGGACAUCUGCGUUAUCCUGACAAACAAAGGGGAGAGCCCGCCGCACGCUUUCUGCGUCAUCAACAAGAAUCUGAACAAAGGGAUGCUGGGCAGCGAUGUGUAUUUGUGCUACAAGAAGUCUAUGAACCGCGCCAAUUUGGUGUCGUUUAAACCGGCGAUACUCUACAAGUAUCCCAUGGUGGACUACAACAGUUUCGUCUUUCCUAAUUCUGUCGCCAUGUUUUGUCUACCGAUGGGCGCGACUGUAGAAUGUUGGCCUAAAGUAGCGUGUAAACCUAAGCCGGUGUUCUCGACGUUUGUCUUAACGGUUGCCGACGCUGCUCAAAAGAUAUACGGUUCAGCAAUAACAUUUUACGAGGAGCUUCAAAUGGAGGCCGAUACGUCAAAUUGCAAAAACAGUCAGGAGAUCAUGAACACGGUCGAGAAUAAUAAAAACAGUGCAGAUAAUAUGGAGAUAACUAAAGAUAAGCCGCAAGUGAAGAUGAAGAUGUUUAAGAAAUUUGGCAUACUCAAGAAGCUUAGUAUAUUGGAGCUGGAAAGGCUGCAGUACACAGAUCCCGCGAGCCAAUCGCUGAAUAUCAGCAAGUCUAUAUGUAUACUGUCUCACUGGCCGUUUUUCGACACGUUCGAGAAGUUUUUGGUUUUCCUGCACCGCAUGGUGAACGACAAGCCGCAGAGCGUCCCGAUCGAGAAAUACAUCUCGUAUUUUUUAUGCGACAUACCGUUCCCGAGUCCGCAGCGGCCGCGUAUUUUGGUGCAGCUCAGCAGUCAGGAUAGACUGAUCUUGACGCAACCGGAGGAUCUGGCCCUGCCUAGGUCGGGCGCGAGUUUCAGGCAACUCCUGAUAAACUUGGGACCUGACAAUUGCUUAUUGAUACUGUUAUUAAUAUUGACCGAGCAGAAGAUAUUGGUUCACUCCUUACGCCCGGACGUACUGACCUCCGUGAGCGAGGCCAUUGCCAUGAUUCUGUUUCCUUUCAAGUGGCAAUGUCCUUACAUACCGUUGUGUCCUCUGGGAUUAGCUGAGGUGUUACACGCGCCAUUGCCAUUCCUGAUCGGCGUGGAUUCAAGGUUCUUUGAUUUAUACGAUCCUCCUGCUGAUGUCAACUGUGUAAAUUUGGACACGAAUAACAUUGCGAUAUGCGACGAUAAAAAAUAUUUAAAUGUUAAACUGCUGCCGAAAAAGGCAGCUAGACAGCUGAGAAAUUGGUUGGAGCUAUUGUCCUCCAAGAUAAUUUCGUGGGGAAAGACUAGCUGUUCUCAGAAAGAUAGAGGAGAUGAAGAUUUCAGCGUGGACAGGGAGUUUCACCAAAAACGAAAGGAGCAAGCCUUAGAGCUCGAAAUACAGGACGCUUUCUUAAGAUUCAUGGCGACGAUUCUCAAAGGGUAUCGAAGCUGUCUGUUGCCGAUUACAAAAGCGCCUACCGUAGGGACGACAGAUCCGACAAGUUUAUUUAAUAUCCAAGCGUUUUUGAGAAGUCGCGACAAAGCCCACGCUAAAUUUUACACCAUGCUCGUCAGAACGCAAAUGUUUAUCAGGUUCAUAGAAGAAAGAAGUUUCGUGUCCGAUAUGGAUAUGGCAGGGUUAGCGUUUUUCGACGAGUGUACAGAACGAGUCGAGGAGGAGAAUGUGACGCUUUUGGAACUCGAUGAAUCUCAACAUAGCGAACGUACAGUAUUUAUACCUCCGCCUGAAGCAGGGACAAAUCAAACACCAAUAAUAUACAAGUCGUUCAAAUUGAACCCGGAUCUAAUGAGGCCUCAGAAGAACUUCUGUUUAAAGAAUCCAUCUCUAAGUGCCUUUGGUAUGGUACCUGGGAGUCCUAUGGCUCGUAGAACAAAGCACGAAAUCAAAGUUGCUCAAAGGAUGGCUCGGAAACAAGCUGCAAUGCCCGACAGGUGGGGCAGAUGCCUGCUCGUUACAUGCCACAGUCUUUGGUUUCUGCAUUUACCGGCCAUGCUACAAGUCUCUAGCCAGCCUGCUGCAAUUUUGCAUCAGGCUUAUGAGAUAUUGGUCAAAAUGCAGAAGUUACGUCUCGAUCCUAUGGAAGAGGUAUGCUACAGAGCUAUGAUGCAACUUUGUGGAGUAUACGGGCAGCCAGUUUUAGCUGUAAAGUUACUGUUUCAUAUGAAACGCAGUGGUGUUCAACCUAACGCUUUAACGUACGGAUUUUACAACAAGGCUGUUCUCGAGGCAACUUGGCCUUCCGAUAUGACAAACUCAAGUCAGUUAAUGUGGAACAAAUUACGAAAUGUCAUUGUCGGUGCAGCGUUGUUUAAAAAAGCUGGGAAAAAGAGCGCUAGAAGACGAUUGAGCUCUAAUGUGGACUUCUUAACCACCGAUAAGACUGAAUGCAUGGAACAUGCGCUCUCUCGGUCUAGUCUCGACAGUUCCCAUUCUCAGGAUACUGAAGCUGCGCACAGUGAUUCCACUAAAGGCAGUUCGGUGUCGGAUCUACCCGGAUUCGGAUCAUUCGAAUUAAAAGCUAAGCUCCUUCGGCAAAAUAGCAUAGUGAAGGAUCAAACGACAUUAAGUAUGUUACAGUCGGACGAAUUACAAUUGGAACAAGCACCGAGUAAUCCAAGGCUAACGCGCAGUGUCGAAUCGCCUUUAAAAAGUCCCAUACGCACACCAGUUACGGAAAAUGACCCAUUGGGUGCUCUCAUUAAUGACGAAACACCGAUUGUGUCGCCUUGCGAGGAGAACGAUUCAAAUUGCUCAACAAGUACUUUAACAGUUUUAAAUAAUACGACUGAAGAGAGACCAGGAGGGCCACUCUUAUUUAGAAGCAACAUCCUCCCACGUAGUGCGACGUUUCAUCAAGCGGUAGAUGAAAGUGGCAUGACGGUGGGUGGGCAUUUGCAGAGGAGUGAGACGAUGCCUCACUCCGUGGCGCAACAAGGGGAACAGGAGAGAGAGAAGGAGAGACUGGAAAUAAGCAGUCUUUGGUCUCAGAAUAAGGAUAGUGUAACGUCCAGCCUCUCUAGCUUAGGAUCUAGUCUUAAACUUAGUUUCGGACGAUACUCCACGGGUGGAUUGGCAUUUGCUAAAAAUAAGGAUUUAAUAUCAUCGAAUCAACUUAUUGAAUCUCUUAGUCUCUCCAGCUAUAUCAGCCCGUCGAGUUUAACAGGAAAAAAAUCGAACGAAAUAAUACUUGGUGGUCUGAAUAGCUUGAAGUCCGCUGCGACGACUGUGGUUAAGAAAUUUGACGAAAUAAAGGAAGCCAUUUCGGCGACGAGUACACCGGUGAAAAAUAAGGAACGCGAACAAAAAUUAGCUUACGGAAUAUCUCAUGAGUCGCUGGACUCUCUUACGGAUGGAUCUAUACAAGAUCGAAACGAGACAAGGGCAUCAGGCGAUGGAAAUUUAGAUUUGUGUUCACUGUACGAACUCGCGGAGUGUCUUUAUCCAAAGGGCAGUAGAGAGUUAGAGGAACGUCUUGCCAUUGAGCUUGUGCUUUCCAGUGCCAGUAGAUGCCAUCAUUGCGCCGCCAUCCUGUACGACGAGGAGAUAAUGGCCGGUUGGCAGCCGGAAGAUUCCAACUUAAAUACAGUCUGUCAAUAUUGCGACAAAGCUACCGUACCCCUCCUCACGGCUACGAUAUUAGAUUACAGAUCCGAAGUAAGCGAGAAGAGUAAUGAUCCUUUAAUGGCAGCGUUGGUAGAAUUAUUGGAUCAGCCGAAAGAAUCGUUGGAACCGAUAACCGUACCAUAUCUAAAUCCAUUAGUUUUGAGAAAGGAAUUAGAGAGUGUGCUGAGUCAAGAGGGGGACGUGUGUCUCACCAAGCACAGGUUUAUACAGGAGCACCCGAUAGUGUAUUGGAACCUGAUAUGGUACUUCGAAAGGAUUAAUUUAACGAGCCAUUUACCUGAUCUCUGGUUGAACAACGAUAAGAACUCGGAUCUUCAGAGGACUGUAGGAUCGGUGGGUGUCAGAACCAUGUGGGACAACGAGCGGCUCCACAUGGAUCGUUUGCCUAUGUAUCUUCAGUGGAAGUCAAAUUCCACAGACGACAGAACAUUGAUGCAGGCAGUGAUAACAUAUGUCCGUUGCAACGACUUAGCGGAACCUAUAAUAAGAGUGGCCUUAGAAAGAAGUAAACAUCAAACAGGCGAUCAUCCAUUUUCUAUAUACAGGGAUAUUUUGUUCCUGGCAUUUACUGUAUUAGGAAGAACGAAUAUUGACCAGGGCGUCUUCGACAGGGAGUACAGUUUAUCGCUGGAGAAAUUUUCCGAGAACGAGGAGAAGCUAUUGCAUAAAAUUGAUGCGCCGCCGACGAUGAUGUCGGUGUACUGCAGGUAUUACUUCAAGCAAUUAAACGUGUGAGGAUCACGCGAGCAGCAGUCGUAACGGCCCGAAGAUGCUUGCAAAGGAUUGUUCGAGACGUCGGAGGAGAGAGAGAGAGGUGUGAUAUUGCGCGCGUAACUCUCGCGAGUACAACGAUUCUAGCUAUAUACUCGCGCAAUUGCGCACGAGACGGAUAUGCGCGCAAGGGACGAUGAAAACAGGUCUUUAACUGCAAUCCGCAAAAUGUCUAACCGUCGUGACGGCAACGGCGACGUGGUCGGUUGCUACUUACGUUAAUGUUUAUUAUUAUCUAACACGGAGGACUAUUAAUGUUAUCGACGAUGAAUUACGCUCGACGAGUCCGAUCGGACUGCAGCACCGUUUCUCGAAAUGCGAUCGGCAAUGCCACGGUCGACGCCGCAACGCGUCGACGUGCGAACUAACGUUACCUCAUCCUCGUUUUCUUCAUAAUAAGACUUCGCUUACUCGCUGACACCCGUGAUACUUGUCUUUGCUUGCGCAAGAAAAAAAAAGAAACAAAACAUAGACGGAUCGUCAGAUUCGGGCUCACGGUUUCUCGAACUUAGAUCACGCACGCACGCGAAAACUGACGGGGAGUAGCCAUCCGAUCGGUUGCGUCGACAUCGUUUUUUUUUUUUUAGCGCUAAUCGAAACUGUCGGUUAACUGUAAGUUUCUUCUUUUAUCGUGGCGACAGAAAGUUGUGAUAUCAGAAGUAAUGAGGAAAUUGUUAAUUUUCCUCAUUAACCGGACGGAGCUAUCGACGCUACCGAUCGUGCGAUCAGUCAGUGCAAUAAAAGUUGAACGAUAAUAUUUUUAACUAAUCGUAUAUCUCUGAUCUUCGUAUGUUUAUAAUAUAAUUGUUUUUAACAGUUAUCGAGACUCCUCACUUUUUUUUUUUUAAAUUAAUGAAUCGGGUCGCGCAUGCCUCUGUUUUGUGAUUCAGUAACUUGUGCAGCGCAUUAGCGUUAUCUAAGAGUACAUCAUUGAAAAGUGUUAAGUACCAAAGAAUUUACGGAUUGUAAAGCGACUGCAAGUUCAAUUCCCUCCAGGUGUGCUGUGACCUUAAAAUACGUUUCAGUCCGACACGUAAUAUCCGCGAUGUAAAGAUGAAAGAAAGAGAAGGCGGUGUUAAACGAGGCAACGCCUAAUACCGACUAUUUUUUUUACCGCGAAGAGCGAGAGAGAGAGAGAACGAGAACGAGAGAAAGCGCGAUGUGAAGUAUAGCGUGUGACAUGACGAAACGCAGUAUUCUUUCCUUGUACUCUUAGAUAGAAACGAUCGUUUAUUGCACGGCAAAACACACAAGCGUAAAUAUCGUUUCUCUGCGUCCCAGGUGAAAAGUGUUCUUCACAGGGCGUGGCGCGUUGACUACUCGACUACUUAGCCUCAAUGUAAAUUCUUAGCAUGAGAGUGAAUAUUUUUAUGAAUUCUAGACAAUUCAGAAGCAUUUGUAAUAGAUUAGCGAAACUUAGUUAGAUGACGCUGCCCACGAUUUAUUCUAUGUCGAAAUGGGAUGAAGAAAUUUAUUCGUCGCAGGGGAGAGACUCACGAAACGCGGCUUUUCAGUGCCGUGCACUUUUCACCCUGGACAACGUGGAUGAAUGUACGUUCAUUCAUUAAGUACAGUACUAUGAAUGUAGAUUAUGAGAAUAAAGUCAGUUGAGGUAUUUUACAAA